CCUGCCCAGUGACGUCACCGCGGUGCCACCUCCCCGCCUUCGGGUGUUGGCUGCAGAGUUCCUCAGGUCCUCACCCGCCGUCGUCGCCGCCACCGCCAAAAUGUCUGCUGGACCAAGUGCUGCCACUGGCAGCAACCGAAGACUUCAGCAGACACAAAAUCAAGUAGAAGAGGUGGUGGACAUAAUGAGAGUCAACGUGGAUAAGGUAUUGGAAAGAGACCAGAAGCUCUCUGAGUUAGACGACCGUGCGGAUGCGCUGCAAGCAGGAGCUUCUCAGUUUGAAACAAGUGCUGCCAAGUUGAAGAGGAAGUAUUGGUGGAAGAACUGCAAGAUGUGGGCCAUAGGGAUUAGCGUGCUGGUGAUCAUCAUCAUCAUUAUCAUCGUGUGGAGCGUUUCUUCUUGAAGAACCAGUGAGACUCAAGCCUUGCUGUUCAGGAAAGCUCUUCGAGACCGUUGACUUUGAACCUGCUACAUUAUCGAGCUUACCUACUGUUAUUCCUAUUUGCUAGUUCAUGUAAAGUUCAGUUUCUAGGAAAUGUGCCUUUGUUUUUUAAUAAGCACUCCAAACUAGAGGUGUGGCCAGCCCCGCCCACAUUUUGCACAGAGCCUUUACAGAUUUACAUAUGGCUGAGAAGAGGACUUCCUGCACCCCAGAGUGCUGUACUCUAGACACGGUAUUGUCACUAAUGUAUCGCCAUUGAGUCCAGAUAAAUUAGCUACCCUAGGCAUCUGACAUAACCUGCAGCUCCACAUUUUAAACCAUUGGGUAAUGAGAUUUCUAAGUUGUGCCUUCCAGAACACUACUGCCUAACACGUCUGUGACAAUAAUGGGCCAUACCUUGCUUUGAUACUUUCCUGGUUCCCUAUUAGAGACCCAGUCCUUUUUAUAAAUACUACUGACUCGCACUGUAUUUAAAAUGAGAUGCUGGUGAAAGAGUUUUUGCCUUACAUUAGAUACGAAGAUGUUUACUUUCAUGUUAUUGUUAUGUAUCAUUUUCUAAAAUAUUAUUUUAAUCAGAAAUAACCGUUUUUAAAAGUUUUUAAAGAAGUGUGCCUAUGACCAAAGUUUCUAUUUUGCCAAAAUGUUAAAAUACAAAUAAGAUGUCCUUAAUGUCUGUCUCUGACAGAAUUCACAAAAGUGCCAAAUAGAGCCUUUCAAAAAGACAGUGGUACUAGCAUGUGUGACCUUCCCCAGCUCGGCAGCCGUGCUUUGAAAAGCUGCUGGCGAUGUGGCCCCCUCCUACUGCAGCAUUUUUCACAGGGUAGAGGUUUGAAUGAAGGUCCAGCUGCCUUAUACUUGUAGUCAGGGUUUCCUCAGCAGACUGUGGACCAGCAGCUGUGGGCUCCAGUGUGUUACAGUCCUGUGGCCCUCAAUUAAUACCAUCUGUGAAUUUGAUCUUUAUCUGGCCUAGGCCUCACGGGACAGCACUUUGAAAUUUGUUUCCUGUUUUUAUUUGUAUUGCACAUCCUGAAUCUUCUAAAUUAUGCUCUCCAUGAGGCACUGGUCAGGGUGGGUGACCUGAGAUGUUUUCUUUCUUCUGUGUCAUAAACCACAUAGAUGCUGCUUUGGAAAUAGCUAUUGCCACCUGAGAGGCUUGCUGUGUACAUGAGACUUUUAACAUUGGGGUAUGUGGCUUAAAAGUGGAGUUUCGGGUAUGCAUGAAAACGGGCAAGGAGGCACUGGGGGAGAAACAGGCUUUACCACUCUGUGGCCGUUUUUUCCAGAAUGUUCUAGGCAUCGUUCACAUGUUAGCAUGACUUACAAAGCAGCUAAGUUAGGGUGCCAGGACACAGUUCCAUGUCUUUACUGUGUCCCUUGGCGUCACUGAAGUGAUGUAACCUUAAAGACGUGCCUUGAGUAUCCCUAGCUGUCAGCGCGGGGACAUCCGCCCAGCGUCUGGCCAGGCUUGACUCUGAGAGGAUGGUGCUCUGUCCUUGCUGCGUCCUCAGUCCGUGUAACCCACUGGCUCCCGCGUUAACCCAAGAAUGCCUCGCUUGUGUCUACACUCAGCUGAGAACAUGCCCGCUACGAUGACCCCAAUAAAAUGUUUAUAAAUAUGA